AUGAAUUCUUCAAACUACAAACUUAGUAUGCAAACCAUGCAGUACAACAACUAUGCUGUGACCAAGCUGAAGGAAGGUAAAGCAAUCGAAGCCUUUCAUUUGCUGUCCAAGGCUUGCCGGGCUGCAAACAGAGCCCAAAAGGGUAAGGACUACAUCAGCUGCACCAACCGUAUGUAUCAGUAUACGUGGCUUGAUUGCUCCAAAGCUCUGGCACAUAAAAUGACUGGGACGAGAAGCUUCAACGACGGAAGCUUACCAUUUCUCUUUCUCCAAUUCCUUUGGAUCGAACCUCCAAUGGAAUGCUCUUCCAUGGAGCACGACAUGGACGACGAACAAAUGUCAGUCCAUGUGCGAGGAUUUAUUUGGGUGCUAUGGUACAAUCUUGCCACAGUGUCCAUAUUACUGGGAAGCCCAGUUGGAGCAAGCGGCAAUCGUUUACUGAAGCAAUCCCUCGACUUGUUUCGCUUGGUUCAAAGCGUUGUGGAUCCCCAACCAUUGUCAAAGCAUUGGGUGAUCCUCAAACUGUCCAUUUUGAACAAUGAGGCCUGUGUACUCAGUGAGCUCUCUGAGUCUCGACAACGCUUGGAUCGACUGAUCAAGAUGGGACUGGCACUAAGCAAUAUGUCCGACUUGCUAGGUCCCGAAGAUCGAGAGCAAUUUAUAUGGACUGUCAAGUCGAUGGCGGACGAUCGCUUUGCGGCUGCUGCCUAA